AUGUUGACAGUAAGAGCAAUUAAUCUGGUGCUGCCUGAGAUUGAGGUGCAUUUGGACGGUUCCAGCAUACAUGGCCAAUUGGUUCUGAACCUCAGGAGUACCCUGGUGGACCCUGUGGUGAAGGUGGAGCUCGUGGGAAGAGGCUACCUGAGGUGGCUUGACGACGGUAAUCCUGAACUGGACUAUGACAAGAGCACAGCUUGCACCAACCAGGCUGCCUAUGUCUCCAAAGCAAAGAAUUUCCACAUAGAGGAUGACUGGCUGGAUUCUGGUAUUCACACCUUUGACUUUCACUUCAGCUUUCUUCCAAGUAUUCCCUCCACAUUCACCAGCACAAUGGGCUGCACCUCCUACUUUGUUCAAGGGACUUGCUGCAGCUGCCAAAUUGUCUUAGCUAAUGAGGAGAGAUGUUUACUGUUGCAAGGAACUGCUGGUGACCACAGAAGACAUGUGAAAGACACUCAUGGCUCUGUGAUCCUUCGGAUUUCCCUGGAGAAAAACAUAUUUUGCCCCGGUGACACCAUUGUCUUUAUGACAGAUAUUGCCAACAGGACAUGCAAGUAUGUUAGAAAGGUCACUUUUGCUGUACACUGCAUUGUCCUGUAUAGUGGCUUCAGCAGCAGGGGAGAACAACGCUCCUUGGAAGACCGAGGCGAAGUGAUGAGGUUGGAAUCCCGGAUAAACACGGCUCCAUUUGGGGCCAUGAGAGUUACCAGUGUGCUGGUUCUGCCAAAACCCAUGUCUGUCACAAGCACUCUCAUGGAAAAUAAAAUCAUGGCAUUCAGGUACGAGCUGGUAGGCACCUCUGGCCUUCCUUGUACCACAUCCAUCAUUGUGGGCAGGGUGCCCAUCAUCAUAGCAGCCACACUGGAGCAUUCCUCUAUGCAGCAGAGCACCAUGGCUCUGUGUGAAAAUGAAGGCGACGUCUCAAAGGGGGUGAGCCUUCACAGAGACAUUUCUGAGAUUUACCCAGGAGCAAUUGCCAGCAGAUCAAUGGAAUAA